AUGCCGUCAACGAGUAGGCGGAAUUCACUAGUACAAGAUAUUGCGACCCACGCAUCUUCUAAUAUCAGUGAACUACCAAAUCUGUUGGAUGAUUCGACUGUAUUCCAGAAGCUUCAAAACUUAGAUACAAAAUAUCAGGGUGAGCAACUGGUACUACCAAAGUUUGAACUCGAUCAACUGAGCGUGGUGACGCAUGACAGAUAUCAAGAAUACUUGAAUGAGUUGAGCAAGCGGACUGAUGAUUAUCGCGUUACUUUCAACCAAGUUGAAGCAACAGGGGAAAGCAUUAAAUUACUAAUUGAGAAGUUUAGCAUCAUAUCACUAAAAGCACAGGAUUUCAAAGAAUCCACCCAUAAUUUGGCAAUAAAUUGUGAAACUUUAACUAAGACCCAUGACACAGUAUCAAAAUACCUGUCUUAUUUCGAGAAUCUUGAUCCUGUUGUCCGUAAGCUCAAUCAUUCAAGCUCUGCAAAUAUUGUCAAGAAGGACUCAUUCAAAACCAUGUUAAUGAAAAUAGAUACUUCGUUGGCAUUUAUCGAAAAACAUCCAAACUUUAAAGAAUCUGAAUCAUAUCGUAUAAGGUUCAAGCAGUGCAUGAUUAGAUCUUGCAGCUUAAUGGGGAAUUAUCUAUCACUUUUUCUGAAAAACUUGCAUGCAAAUAUCACGGAAAAACUGGAAUCAACUUCGCAUUCUAACUCAUCGUCGUCGGCACAGGAAGCAUUGUUGUAUAACAAAUUUGCGUCGAAUGCACCAGAAUAUUUUUCAGUUUCCAAAGAAAUAUCCAUCAGAGCAGUUAAAAAAUCUAAUCAGAGGUACAGAGACGAGCUAUUGGCAAUUUUGCAUGAUUGUUAUAAUGACUACUUUCAGAUCAGAAUGAAAUUACUCCAUUCGAUUAUUUGGCAGCAGUUGGAUGAAUCAAUUAUCAAUGAAAAAAACAUUCCAUUAAUGCGCUUCAUUCAAGAUAACCUUCUUUUUUUCACGCAGCUAUGCACUAACGAAUACAAUUUGUUGACGAAAUUUUUCCCUGAAGAGGAAGGUAGAUCUGAAUUCAAUGAGUGGUUGUUUCGUUUAUGUGAACCACUUCAUGACUGUGUUCGUAGCAGAGUUUUGAGAGAAUCGGACAUUAGUUCGCUUUGUGAUGCUGUUACAUUGCUUAAUAAAUAUUAUCAAUUUGAGGAAAACUCUCAAGAAUAUGAACUUCAGUUCAAGCAUGUCCAAUUUGAUAAGAUUUUCGAGCCAAUUUUACAAGAUGUUCAGUCCAGACUUGUAUUCAGAGCACAAAUAUACGUCGAAACUACUAUUGUUCGCUUCAAACCGAGUAGAGAUGCAUUCAUGAUUAGUCAUAGAAAACUUAACUCUAUUCCUGAAGUCCAACAGGAUCCAAUAGUUGAGUCAUUUAUCUCGAACUAUUCCAAUUUAGAUGGCAGUCACGCGCAAAUAAGCGUUUAUUAUCCUCCACUGAUUAGGGCGAUAGCGCUGCUAUCCAAGAUAUAUCAAAUGGUGAACUCUUCUGUAUUCGAUGAUCUUGCUCAUCAUAUCGUUCAUGACUGCAUUAUUUCUUUAAGGUCUGCGUAUAACCUAGUCGAAAAAUCAGAGAAAGGCCUAGACACGAAGCUAUCUUACUUAAGAAAUUUACUGCUAUUGCGAAGCCAAAUCGAGAAUUUUGAUAUUCAAUUCAUCAGCAAUGAGACCUAUCUAGACUUUUCUGGUUUGGGUGAAUUUUUGAGGUCCUUGAAAGAUCGAAAGUUUUCCGGAGCACAUACGUCGGUAUUGAGCUUGGCUAAAGAAACAGUCCCCAAAGUUGUCAAUGACAUGGUGGAUGCUCGUUCAGAGUUGAUGGUAGAGCUUAGAAAUGUAAUCAAAUCAUUCACCGAAGCUUCGUCCCGUGAAAUUGUAGGUGAUUGCUUUGAGAAGAAUGAUGACCUCUUGUCGCAAAAUAUCAAGCUGAGGGAAAAUGUUGAGAGAUUACUUCCACGCAUAUAUGAACAAAUGCUUGAUUUCAUUGAUGAUAUGGGUAUUAUAAACCACUUGCUCGAUGCAAUUCAGGAGCUAGUUGUGCAGUCCUACGCAGAUUAUUACGAACGUAUUGAAGAAAUGGAAGGGAAUUCUAACAGUGACAUGUCCAAACUCUCUGAACUGAUGUGCGUAGAUGUCUUCAGUGAUCUCUUGAACAAUGCGGCAGGUAAAUUAGAAAAAAGUAAAGCAUCCAUGUAA